ACCCUUGGUGGCGCCAUACCCACGAUGACGAAGGACAGUGGACCGCCAAUUGAGAGUAUCAUCUGUGCUGAUCUGCUGCUACUAGGACGACAACAACGACAACAUCAAAGACAUCCUGAAAAGAGGAAGCAAAGCAACAGGCUUCAACAAUCUCGUAUCCUUUUCAUUCUCUUUCUGCUACCUACCAUUUUUUGCUUGCGUCUUUCACGGCAGGGGCAUUCUUUGUGUGUGGCUGCACUCUCCCCGCCAAGGCAUUUUCAGUGGAGCUUGCCAAGACCAAGUACGAAACGAAUGAGCGCCAUGACCAACAAGGGCGAUGCAACAGCCAUUGGCAGUUUUGAAAAUUUCCUUGCCAAAACACGGGCGAUUGAAAGUCCCAAUCACGUCGUGGUGGGAAAUGCCGCGGGAGAUGCGGAUAGCAUUAUCAGUGCCUUGACAUUGGCCUACAUUGAUUCUGAUGCAUUACAAAAAAGAAUGAUAUCGCCCGUGGUGUCAAUCACCCAACAGGACUUGGAAACCCAACGACCCGAGGUUUCCUUUCUCUUUCGUACAGUCGGCUUGGAGCAGUCCGUGGUGGACACUAUGCGAUUCAUUGACGACCCCGUCAUCACAACGGGCAACAACCACAAAAAGAAGAAAUUGACUUUGGUGGACCACAAUCGCGCCGAAGUCAUCUUUUCUCCCGAUUGUUGGGAUGUGGUAGAAAUCUUGGAUCAUCAUUUUGAUGAGAACCAACACACGGAAACCUGCUCGGGCGACCAACGAAACAUUGCCUUUGCCAACGAUAAGGCUACAGUAGCCAGUACGUGCACAUUGAUUGCCGAGAGACUACUGCAACAACAAAAGCAAAACAGCAACAACAACAAGUAUCAUCCCACAGUGGCCACGUUGCUAUUGGGGACCAUCCUCUUGGAUUCCGUCAACAUGAUUCCGGCGGCGGGCAAGGGUACUCCUCGUGAUGCCACCGCCAUUCAAAACUUGCUCGAGAAUACGGAUUGGUCCUUGUCGACAUCGGCGGCCAAGGCUGCCUGGAGCAACAAUAAUGACAAUGAUGGAAGACCGGAUACGACCCAACUGUUUGAAUCUCUCCAAGCGGCCAAAUUUGAUCCAGCCUUUUGGAAUGGUCUCUCGGUACCGGAUGCCUUGAGAUUGGACUACAAACGGUUUUCUACCUCCAAAAAUGGAACCGUCUUUGGAGCUUCCGCGGUCUUGUUACCUAUGGCUGAUUUUAUCAAAAAGCCACAAUUCCAAAAGGGAAUUCGAGAGUACAUGACACAAACGGCAAACGUCGAACUACUGGCCAUUUUGUUCUUUUUCACCGACGAUGGAGGUGAGAAUCGCCGUCAGCUGUGUGUCUGUGGGAGCAAUGAGAAGGUCGUGGACGAAAUGAUAUCUCAUCUCCAGGAGGAUGGAACGUUGGAUCUACAAGAGAUUGUGGAAAACGACAAUGUUUGUUGGUCGUCAAACAACAAUGGCGAUGAUGAUGAUGUUUCCCUUGUGAUGCGAAUGUUUGACCAACGCAACGCCAAAGCCAGUCGGAAGCAAGUUGCGCCAUUGAUGAUCAAGUUCUUUGAGAGUCGUUGAUUGACUGACGGUUGGGUUUGAGAAUCGAAUCAGACUUUAGAAGUCUUCAGCUCAUAGAUGGAUGGCACAACGCCCUCCCAAAAGAGAGUAUCAUGUGUCGUCGUGGAUGAAUGACCAGCUUGGCUUGAGCUUCUCGACUUACAAAUAGUUCGGUACGAUACCCAAACUUCCGUUCAGCGAACUAUCGGUACUGGCUUUGUAUCUAUCGUCACCAGCCGAUGAGUUUUUCCAGACGAGUACAACUCUAUCUAGCUAACUAGUACUUUCGGGAAGUCAAGUAACGGUGCUGUUGUCUUUCGACCCAUCCGUGUGUGCCAUUUUAAAAAACAAAAAAAACAAAUGAGUCGAGUCA